UCCCUGCCGGACUUCCGCGGCGUCCCUGGGAGAGAUGACCCAAACAGCGAACACGCCCGACUCGGAGAAAGAUCCUGAAUUCCAGGAGCAUGAACGGAUUCUGUCUCCAGAGUUUCUUUCAACUGUCCAGAUCACUGACUUACUAACAGAAGAUGUAGAUGGAGUUCAGGAAAAGCUGAGAACGUUGUUGAAUUUCAAAAAUCUUCAAACUUGUUUAAAGGAUGCCAUUCUAGUAGAUUACUAUGUGUCUGGAUUUUUGUGGGCCAAAGAAAUGGAUUUUUCUAUUGUUCAGUGUUCCAAAUUUAUGACUUUACUAGAUAUGUUACUUCAGAACCUUAAAACACUGCACAUGUCCUUGGAGGACAACAUAAAGUGGCUUGGAGAAGUGAUGGCUGAGAUCGGGCCGAACCAUUCCCAACGGAUUGAUGAGUGGACGGUGUUUGAUGUAAAGCAAGCCAAUGCUAUCACUGAUUACUUAAAAAUCAGCAUCUUUCAACACUACAAGCUAUACGAGUUUAUGUUCUGCUGUACCAGAGAAGAAAUCGUGAUAGGGACUGAGCAAGUAAUAGAAAUCGUCAACCCUGCAGGAGGCCCUUUACCAGGACCUCUGGAAGAAGGAAUCUCAUUAGAUAUUUACUCAAAAUUCAUAGAGCCACCUCCAACAUCAGAUGAAGAAAUGAAGGGGUUGGAUCAAGAGCAAGGCCUUGAGGAGUCCCAGCCAGAACCUGACACUUUGGAUAUGGAUCCUCUAGUUGGCUUCACCAUGGAGGACGUGAAGUCCGUGCUGGCCCAAGUCACAGAUGAUGUGUUAAGAGACAUUCAGACUGAGAUAAACGAAAAGCUGCAAAUCCAGGAAGAGGUCUUUAAUGCACGGAUAGAAAAACUGAAAAAGGCCUGAGGACUCAGUAUGUGGAGAGCGGCGCUAAACUUCACAGAAACAAACAAAACUAGCUGGAAUAAUAGAUUCUCUGGAGCUCUGUAUCUUCUUUAUUUCACUGUGAGAGGAAAAGCAGCCCUCGCUUCUUAUUGUCCUAAGCAUUUAGAAAAGUAUUAGGCCCAAUUUUGCCAUCUUCUGUACCCUAACAGGCUGAGUUCAUUGUGCAACAGGAAUAAGAAUGUUUUGUAUACAGGAGCUUGGAGAAUUACAUAUUAAAAUACAAUUAUUUUUAUGAUACUUCUUUGACAUUUUUACUAAUAAACACUACAUCUUCACU